GGCUGGCGAAUGAAUGACGGUCCAGCGCGACGCUUGUGGUGGACCAGACGGCGGCCAGGCACCGCGAGAAUGGGAGGGAAGCGAUGAUGUCGAUGCUCUUGGCCGGCGCUCUGUUCGUUUGCUUGUUCGCCGCUGCAAACCAGCCCGCCAACGACGACACUCGUCAUCAGACCGGGUUGCUGCUGCUCCAUCUCCCAGGCCUCUCCCAAGUUGCGUCUUCCCGGGGCCUUGGUCGCAUCAUAUACUGGCCGUCGUGCACGCCCGCCGCUCCUCGCUCUCCUGCAAUUGUGGCACGCUCUGGCCGUCUCGUCGAGCAGACGCUGAGAACCUCCCUCGCACGGCUUCACGCGCACGUUCAAACACAGCGACGCUUGCCAGCCAGACAGCCGCGUGACGACGGCAGAUUGUGAAAUGCACCGUUCUCGUUCAUGGGCGCGAUCUCUGACCUGGGCGAAACCCCAUAAGCGCUCGACCACGUCCCCAACCCAACUUCCCACCACCGAACCGCGCCUCCCCCGCGUCAGCGACGAGAAGCAGCAGCACAGAAAUGGCCCGCAGCCCAAGCAGCAGCCAGCUGCCGGCAAUGGCGGCGACAUCGUUGAGCCCGGCGCCCAAGACGAGGCAUCCGCAUCUCGACCUGCCGCCACCUCGCCGCCCGUGCAUACCGAAGCUGAUGGAGAGAAACCUGCCGCCAUAAGCGGCGUCGAUGCGCAGAACAGUGAAUCCAAACCUCCCAUGCCCCAGCGUUUGAAAGCCGGCGUUGUGCGCUUCUUCAACCACACCAAGAAUGCAAUCGUCCAUUCGUGGAUCAACGUGCUGUUGAUAUUCGUACCUGUCGGUAUCGCCGUCAAGGCUGUCGGUCUCAAUCCGGCCGUAGUAUUCGCCAUGAAUGCCAUCGCCGUCGUGCCUCUUGCUGGUCUGCUCGCACAUGCCACGGAGAGCGUCGCGAGCCGGCUGGGCGACACCUUAGGAGCGCUACUGAAUGUGUCCUUCGGCAACGCAGUAGAGCUCAUCAUAUUUAUCAUUGCCCUCGUGAAGAAUGAAAUUCGUAUCGUCCAAGCCUCACUCCUGGGCUCAAUCCUCGCCAAUCUCCUGCUUAUUUUGGGCAUGGCUUUUGCUGCUGGUGGUCUCCGCUAUCAAGAACAGAUAUACAACAAUACAGUCACCCAGAUGAGUGCCGUCAUGCUCAGUCUCAGCGUGAUGAGCUUGCUCCUGCCAACGGCCUUCCACGCGUCCUUUAGUGACUUGUCCGAUGCGGACACCAAAACAUUGGAAGUUAGCCGUGGCACGAGCGUAAUCCUGUUGCUCGUUUACAUCUUGUAUUUACUCUUCCAGCUAAAGUCGCAUGCGUACCUAUAUGCGAGCAUGCCUCAAGCGCUGGUCGACGAGGAGGCUCAGCCGGGUAUUCUUGCAGAUGUCUUUGAGACGAGCUCCAGCAGCUCGUCCAGCACGAGUAGCUCUGACACCGACACAACCUCUGGAUCACACACCACUGCCAAGAGAAUCAAGCGCUUCAUUCGCAAGCGCAGAAAGUCGAGCGGCAGCUCCGCGGAUACUCCCUCCCUGCCUUCUCACAUGAGCUCUCCAAACAUAGAAGCAAUGUCGUCUCCAAGUUAUUUUGACGAUCAUGGCCGUCCGUCUCGUCAGACUAGCGUCGUCUUGCCAGACAUUCUUAGCGGAGACGAGGGGGAUGACGAGAAUCUGAAGCAAGCGACCAAAACCCAGGACUUCGGAAACACGCACGGUACUGGCUCCAAUUCUCUUUCGUCAGAAAGCAAAUCUAGAAGGACGUCGAAGAGAGUCAAGAAGAAUGAACAUAAGAAACACAGAAAGCAUCACCGCCACCAGCAUCGGACUGUUGAGGCCGCUGAGCCCAUUCCUGAGAAGCCAAGCGCCGAAGCUCCUGGUCAGGAGGGUGCGGUCCUUGCUGAUAUCACAGCACCAGGCGUAGGCUUGAGUAACGAUGGUACACCCGCUCGAAUUGGGACUCCGAACUCUCGUAAAGGCGGAAUCAAAACUUUCGCGCGUCCUGCGCUGCCAAAGCUUCUCUCCCAAAACGUCUUUGUGGAUCCACCACCUCCACCCACACCUCACAAUCUGACAAAGACCCGCACAGGCCCUGCACUUCGACGCACCAGUUCACUCCCGGAUCGCUUGAAUGAACGUUUCCGCAACACUCCUGGCAAUCGACAGCUUCCAAUGGGCAGAAUCACUGUCGGGCGACCUCUUCCCCCAUACGCUGCCCGUGGGGCCUGGGCGGCCCGCGCCAAGCCAGAUGUGCCAGCUGUCAGUGCUGUCGACGAAGACGAACCUAUCGUCGCUGAGGACAUGUCUCGCACUGCGGCCGUGGUUAUGCUCCUCAUUACUACUGGUCUUGUAGCUCUCUGCGCCGAGUUUCUAGUUGACGCAAUUCCCCAAAUGACGACGGACUCGGCCGUCAGUCAGGCCUUCAUUGGAUUGAUCAUCUUGCCGAUUGUGGGUAAUGCAGCUGAGCACGUAACUGCCGUAACUGUCGCGGCGAAGAACAAGAUGGAUCUGGCCAUUGGCGUUGCCGUAGGCUCCAGCAUCCAGAUUGCUCUGUUCAUCACCCCUCUUGUCGUCAUUCUUGGCUGGUGCAUGGACAAGAGCAUGUCGCUGUACUUCAAUCUUUUCGAGACGGUAUCGCUAUUCGUGACAGCCUUUGUCGUCAACUUCCUCGUCUUAGACGGCAAGAGCAACUACCUCGAAGGCGUACUCCUGAUUGCCGCCUACAUUAUUAUCGCUGUCGCGGCUUUUUUUUAUCCCCCUGGAGAUGCAGAAAGCGCCCUUGGAGGGUCGAACACGGAUAAUUCUAAGCGCGCCGUCGAUGCUUUCAUGCUGGCACGUGAUGCAUUCGGCGUUUAAUAUUUCUUUUCUCACGCUCAGGCGUCAACAUCACUGCGGUUUUUUAGUGGUAUGCUAACUGGAGUCAUUCUUUCUUCACUGUAGGUUCCGAUCGCGCUCAUGAUUUCCGCUAGUGUUUUAGCGUCACUGCGCGUCACGACACGGUGCAGGGUUUUGUUUGAAGCAAGAUAGGACGUUGUGAACCUCAAAAAUUGACAAUGGAACGAUUGCAGCAAAGGACCGGGAAGUGUUAGAAGCUUAAAAUUGGAAUUCAUUUUUUUAAAAUCUCAGUCGAGUCACAAAAGCCCUUAGCACAUUCUACAUUUUGUCGUCAAUGGUAUAUAACUGCUGAACUCGUAGUUCUUAACAA